UAUUUCAAUAAAAUCUAAAAUUCCUGGACACCUUUAAAAUAAUGAAUUAUAGAAAUGAAUCAAAUGCCCUUGUGCCAUACGGCAAUAGAAACAAUUACCCAAAUUACGGAUCUAACAACUACAACCCCGAAGUACCUCCCGGAGCAAGAGUGGUGGAUAGCAAUAUAAAUACUUAUACGCUAGCGAGGUUGCCGAUCAGGGUGAAGUGAAGGUAUUGCCAACAGAUUAGGUUUACUAAGUUAGGGACGACAUGUAAUUGGAGAGAGACUGGUGUCUUGAUUUGUAUGAUCUUGUUAUAAUCAUUUUCUGAUACUGCUUCAUUCCUUAUCAAUGAGCAAAAACUAGAGAUGUAUUCCACUGUUGUGGUAACUGAGGUGAGAAAAUAUUAUUGGUUAGAUAAUCGCAACUUCUAACCACUCAGAAGAGCUAUACUAAAUCUUCAUAUCUGCUAAAAACUGCAUUC